AUGUACUACUCAGGCCUGCCAGCAAAUGGCAGUCAGAGCAUCCCUUCUCCAGGUGCAGACAAGCCCAGCAUCUAUAUGCCAGCUCCGGGGCCCUACGCUGCAGCACCUGCGGGGUAUCCACCCACACAAGCUGGGAUGCCUGGUCUAGCACCCCGCUUUGCCCCAGCCCCCCAAGCCUAUGCAAUGGUGUCCAAUGGAGGCCCUUCUGGAUACACAAUAUCGCCAGCCUACCACUCACUGCCCUACUCCAACUUGCAGUGCAUGCCCACUUCCACCCAUGCUUACAUAUCUGCUGCACAGUACCCAGGGAUGAGCUACCAGGCCGCCAUGGCACCUCGAACAGCUCCCCCUUCCCCAUACCCUGCCCCUGUUCAAGCAGGUGCCCCUCUCAUUGCUGCUGGAUAUUCACCUAUGCCCGGCGCCAUCCCUGCCCCAACUGCCAGAUCCUAUGCCAUAGCUGGCUAUCCCCCAGGUUAUCCCCUCCCUUCAGCUUAUCACGGGGCAACAGCAUUUGGACCUCCAUUCUAA